AUGUAUCAGGAGAACCGAAAAAGGAAUGGGUACUCCAGUGAGGAUGAGGAGGGUGGUGGCGAAGCGGAAGAGGAGGAGGAGGGGGGAGGAGGAGGAGGAGAGGGUGACGAAUGUGAUGAGGAAGAGAAGGAUGAAUGGGAGGAGAAUGGGCAGCCGAAGAUGAACCGUACAGAAACGCUCCAAUCCACCACCAGCUCCACUGGAACGCAGAAAAAGAAGAGUCAGCAUUUGAAGAAGCAGGUUCAGGGCUCAAACCAGGUCCAACGUGCCCCCAGAGCUCUUUUCUGCCUUAAACUGAACAACCCCAUCCGCAGAGCUGCUCUCCACCUUGUGGAAUGGAAACCAUUUGAUAUCUUCAUUCUUUUGGCCAUCUUCGCUAAUUGUGUUGCUUUAGGGGUCUCCAAGCCUUUUCCUGAAGAUGACUCAAACGCCACCAACCAUGACCUAGAACAGGUUGAAUAUGUGUUUCUGAUUAUCUUCACCAUUGAAACAUUUCUGAAGAUCCUGGCAUACGGCCUCGUCAUGCACCCAAGUUCUUACAUCCGCAACGGCUGGAACUUACUGGACUUUGUCAUCGUUAUUGUGGGGUUGUUCAGUGUGGUUCUAGAGACUGUUACUCACAAGUCAGGUGAAACAACUUCUCACAUGCCGGGGAAGCCUGGAGGUCUGGACGUCAAAGCCCUCCGAGCUUUCAGAGUCUUACGACCCCUUAGACUGGUUUCAGGGGUGCCCAGCCUGCAGAUUGUGUUAAACUCCAUAAUGAAGGCAAUGGUUCCCCUUUUGCACAUCUCUCUGCUUGUUCUCUUUGUCAUCAUUAUCUACGCCAUCAUUGGACUGGAGCUUUUCAUUGGACGAAUGCAUCGCACCUGCUAUUUUAUAGGCACAGAUAAUUAUGCAGACGAUGAUCCACUUCCGUGUAAUUAUGUGGGUCACGGACGCCAAUGCACCGUGAAUGGCUCCGAGUGCAGGGGAAAGUGGGAUGGGCCUAACGGCGGGAUCACGAACUUUGAUAACUUCUUCUUCGCCAUGUUAACAGUGUUCCAGUGUAUUACAAUGGAGGGCUGGACUGAUGUCCUGUACUGGAUGAAUGAUGCAAUUGGUUUUGAGCUGCCGUGGGUUUACUUCGUCAGUCUGGUCAUCUUUGGAUCCUUCUUUGUUCUCAACCUUGUGUUGGGUGUGUUGAGUGGAGAAUUCUCUAAGGAGAGAGAGAAGGCGAAGGCUCGUGGAGAUUUCCAGAAGCUCCGUGAGAAGCAGCAGAUGGAGGAAGAUCUGUGUGGAUAUAUGGACUGGAUCACUCAGGCUGAAGACAUCGAUGAAUUUGAUGAAGAUGGAAACAGACGUGUGACCUUGCGUGACCUAGCUGAUAAGAAGAGGGGAAAAUUCGGCUGGUUCAGCCACUCAAAUGAAACCCACGCAAGUCUUCCAGCCAGUGAAACAGCAUCUGAAAACACUGAGAACAUAGAUGAAGAGCAUACAGAUUGCUGUGCUGCUUGCUGCGCUCGCAUAAUGAAGAUCCCUUGUUGCCGUACACUGCAUCGCUGGAAUCGGUGCAUUCGUAGAAACUGUCGUACAGCAGUAAAAUCAGUGACAUUCUAUUGGUUGGUUCUGAUCUUGGUCUUCCUCAACACAGCUCUCAGUGCCUCUGAACACUACAACCAACCAGACUGGCUCACUGAUGUUCAGGACAUUGCCAAUAAGGUGCUUCUUUCAUUGUUCACGGUGGAAAUGUUGUUGAAAAUGUACAGUCUGGGGCUGUGGGUUUACUUUGUGGCAUUUUUCAACCGCUUUGACUGUUUCGUGGUGUGUGGUGGGAUUCUGGAGACGGUUCUGGUGGAAAUGGAGAUUAUGCCACCUCUGGGUAUCUCAGUGCUUCGCUGUGUCCGUCUGCUACGGAUCUUCAAAGUCACACGCCACUGGACAGCUCUGUCCAAUCUGGUAGCUUCACUGCUGAAUUCAAUGAACUCCAUUGCAUCCCUGCUGCUGCUGCUCUUCCUCUUCCUCAUCAUCUUCGCUCUGCUUGGCAUGCAGCUCUUCGGAGGGAAGUUCAACUUCGACGAGACACAGACCAAAAGGAGCACCUUUGAUACCUUCCCUCAGGCCCUGCUCACCUGUUUUCAGAUAUUAACGGGUGAAGACUGGAAUGUAGUGAUGUAUGAUGGUAUUAUGGCAUACGGUGGCCCUGUUUUUCCUGGAAUGAUCGUCUGUCUUUAUUUUGUGAUUUUGUUCAUCUGUGGUAACUAUAUCCUUCUGAAUGUCUUCUUGGCUAUCGCUGUUGACAACUUAGCAGGAGGUGAUGGAGAUGAUAAAAAGAACAAAGAAAAGAAAGAGGAAGAGAGUGGACAGGGUGAAGGUGAAGGAGAGAACGAAGAGGUGAAGGUGGACAUGGAUGAAUAUGAAGAGGAGGAGGAGCCAGAGGAGGGAGAUGAUGGAGAAGGGAGAACUCAGCUAAAUGUUGCUGACUUUGCUCCUCCUAAAGAGAAAGUUCUACCAAUCCCAGAGGGCAGUGCGUUCUUCUGCCUCAGCAAAACCAAUCCGAUAAGAGUGGGCUGCCAUACACUGAUCCAUCAUCACAUCUUCACUAAUCUGAUCCUGCUCUUCAUCAUUCUCAGUAGCAUAUCUCUGGCUACAGAGGAUCCUAUCAGAGCUCACUCCUUCAGGAACAAUGUGCUGGGUUAUGCUGAUUAUGCUUUUACUUCCAUAUUCACUGUGGAGAUCCUACUGAAGAUGACAGUGCAUGGAGCGUUCCUCCAUGAGGGUUCCUUCUGUAGAAACUGGUUUAAUCUUUUGGAUCUUUUGGUGGUCAGUGUGUCUCUGGUCUCCUUCUUCUUACAUUCAAGUGCCAUCUCUGUAGUAAAGAUUCUGAGAGUGCUCAGAGUGCUCAGACCUCUUCGAGCCAUUAACAGAGCCAAAGGACUCAAGCAUGUGGUGCAGUGUGUGUUUGUGGCUAUAAGGACCAUCGGGAACAUCAUGAUUGUCACUACUCUGCUGCAGUUCAUGUUCGCCUGCAUCGGCGUUCAGCUUUUCAAGGGUAAAUUUUAUCGUUGCACAGAUGAAGCCAAAAACACUCCAGAACAGUGCAAGGGCACAUUUGUGGUAUAUAAAGACGGGGAUGUGAGUCACCCAAUGGUGAGAGAGAGGAUCUGGCUCAACAGUGACUUCAACUUCGAUAAUGUACUGAUGGGAAUGAUGGCCUUAUUCACUGUCUCCACUUUCGAGGGCUGGCCAGCGCUACUCUACAAAGCCAUUGAUGCCAACGCAGAGAAUCACGGCCCAAUCUACAACUACCGCAUUGAGAUCUCCAUAUUCUUCAUCGUAUACAUCAUCAUCAUUGCUUUCUUCAUGAUGAAUAUCUUCGUGGGUUUUGUCAUCAUCACGUUCCGUGAGCAGGGAGAGGCUGAGUUCAAGAACUGUGAGCUGGACAAAAAUCAGAGACAAUGUGUUGAAUAUGCUCUGAAGGCCCAGCCGUUGAAGCUCUACAUCCCCAAAAACCCAUUGCAGUACAAGUUCUGGUCUAUAAUCAAUUCCACAGGGUUCGAGUACAUUAUGUUUGUGCUGAUUCUUCUCAACACUGUUACUCUGGCUGUGCAGCAUUAUAACCAGUCAAAGUUCUUUAGUGACGUGAUGGACAUCCUCAACAUGGUUUUCACCGGCCUUUUCACCUUUGAGAUGAUCAUCAAACUGCUGGCCCUCAGACUUCGGCAUUACUUUAUUGACGCAUGGAAUUCCUUUGAUGCACUAAUUGUGGUGGGAAGUGUGGUGGACAUUGUGGUUACAGAGUUUAGCAGCUCAGAGGACAGCUCUCGCGUGUCAAUUACGUUCUUUCGUCUGUUUCGUGUCAUGCGAUUGGUUAAACUGCUUAGCAAAGGGGAGGGCAUUCGUACCCUGCUCUGGACUUUUGUGAAAUCCCUCCAGGCCCUGCCCUACGUAGCUCUUCUGAUUGCCAUGAUCUUCUUUAUCUAUGCUGUGAUUGGUAUGCAGACAUUCGGGAAGAUCGCCAUGCAGGACCACACGCAGAUCAACAGGAACAACAACUUUCAGACCUUUCCGCAGGCUGUGUUGCUCCUUUUCAGGUGUGCCACAGGUGAGGCAUGGCAGGAGAUCAUGUUGGCCAGUCUCCCGGGGAAGCGCUGUGACCCGGAGUCAGACUAUGAGCCUGGUGAAGAGUUCUCCUGCGGCAGCAACUUUGCCAUUGUCUAUUUCAUCAGCUUCUUCAUGCUCUGCGCCUUCCUGAUUAUUAAUUUGUUUGUUGCCGUCAUUAUGGACAAUUUUGACUAUCUGACACGUGAUUGGUCAAUUCUUGGACCACAUCACCUGGAUGAGUUCAAAAGAAUUUGGUCGGAAUACGAUCCUGAAGCCAAAGGUCGUAUUAAGCACUUAGAUGUAGUGGCUUUGCUAAGAAGGAUCCAGCCUCCACUCGGAUUUGGAAAACUCUGUCCUCACCGUGUGGCCUGCAAGAGGCUGGUCGCUAUGAACAUGCCCCUUAACAGUGAUGGUACGGUGACCUUCAAUGCCACCCUGUUUGCCCUGGUCAGAACUGCCCUGAAAAUCAAAACUGAUGGGAACCCUGAUCAAGAAAAUGAGGAGUUGAGAAUCAUCAUUAAGAAGAUCUGGAAGAGAACAAAACCCAAAAUCCUGGAUGAGGUUAUUCCACCCCCUGCUGAGGAGGAAGUGACAGUGGGUAAAUUCUAUGCAACCUUCCUGAUCCAGGACUACUUCAGGAAGUUCCGAAAAAGGAAAGAGAAAGUGGGUCUGGGGGAUUCAGAGUCUGGUAACCCCUCAGCUCUACAGGCCGGGCUGCGAACUCUGCAAGACUUGGGGCCAGAAAUGAGACUGGCCAUGAAUGAAGAUAUAGAAGUGGAAGAGGAGAGUCUGGAGGAGGAGCAAGAGGAGGAUGACGCCCAUUAUAAGAACGAAAAUGGUUAUGCAGGCCACGUCGAGCCCUCAAGCAAAAGCCGCCGCUCUUCUUUGGCCACCACUCCCACCGGUGCUCCUGUUCCAGUCCCAGGAGAUGGCAUCUUGAAUGGCGGAUUGGGACGCAGGAGCUCCCUAGCAAAAACACAGAAUGGGAAUGGUACUCUGGAGCAUGAGAACUUCAGGAGAAGAGACAGCAUGCGUUCUUCCCUUCAUUACCAACACAAGAACGGUGUGAUUGAUCAGCUGCCCAAGAGACCAUCAUAUAACAAAUAUCCAAGGAGAGACUCCAGGGACAGGUUCUCCUCUCCUCUCUCACGGAGAGAGGAAGGUGGUGAGUACCCUGGAGAGCAGCGCUUCUAUGGAAAAGAUGAGGACAGCGAGAGUGUCAUCUCCAGAGAGAGGCAUGGUUAUCUGGAUGAGAGUCAAAUGUACCUUGGACAUAGAGACAUGUAUGACAGACAUUCUACAAGACACCCAGUCUACGGUAAUCACUAUGCAAACAAUUACGGAGAGGGCAGAAGGACAGCAAGGAGACGCCUGUUGCCAGCAACACCUACAGGGAGAAAGGCUUCAUUUAAUAUACAGUGUUUAAAAAGGCAAGGUAGCAGUGAUGAUCUGCCCAUCCCAGGAACGUACCAUCAGAACUCUCCUCCAUGCAGAACACGUUCACAGGCAUACGGUAGUUACGAUUCUCGCCGCAGCAGCGUUCGAUCAUCCACGGGUUCAACAGCAUCUUGGGCAAACACCAGCCCUCGACGGGGUCGUCUCCUCUAUGCUCCACUCAUACUAGUAGAGGAAGAGGGCACAGCAGGUGCUGGUAGCUUGGGCAUCUGGGACAAAAAGGCCAAUGCUGCUGAAAUGCCUGGGUCGGUUCAUCAAGGAUGGUACUCUGGGCCCUCUGCUGGUGGAGGGGGGCAGCCGUACAGAGCCUACACCACCCUCAGAGUCCCCACCCAACUUAGUCCUCACUACAACGAGAAGAGAGGCAGCGCUGACAGUCUGGUCGAAGCGGUCUUGAUCUCUGAGGGUUUAGGCUUGUAUGCCAAGGACCCAAAAUUUGUAGCCUUUGCCAAGCGUGAGAUUGCAGAUGCCUGUCAGAUGACCAUAGAUGAGAUGGAAAGUGCUGCAAGCGAUCUCCUGAGCCGGGGGGGAUCUGGGGAGAGCCAGAGUUUCCGGAACCAUACAGACAUGGGCCCCAUAUACAGUGAUGAAGAGCCGAUCAGGAGCCAUGAGGAAGAGGAGCUGGCUGAUGAGAUGACGUGUGUUACAUCUUUCUGAGUAACAGAUAAAGAGAGCCAAUCAGGACAUGAGUGGGAGGGGCACCAGAAAUGCUGACAGGCGAAUCAAAUUGUUCAUGCUCCUUGGAGUCAGAGAAAGACUCUGGAAAGAGGACACGUGUGAGGAUUCUGUGCUGACAGGAGGUGGAUUUGCUCAGAAACAUUGUGACUGGUUCAUACUGAGUCUGUGAGAGAGCCCAGCACCAGUUGCUCUGUAAACAUGGCACUUUUAAAUUCUGAGAGGACUUUUUAUAAUCAGGUUAUCAUGUUGAACAUGUUUUAUAUCUUUAAAUGUGUUUUUACUCCAUCGUUCUUGUUUACGUCUGUCUUUUUGUUUUUAAACUCCUUUUACAAAGGAAUACUCCUGUCUUUAGAUUUACAAACACUGUAUUUUAAAUCAUUCAUAUGGAAAGAUCUCAUUGAAAUCAUCAAUUUCAAAACAAAUAACCAUUAUGUUUUUGUUCAAGUUCCAACAUUUGUCUUGCAAUGUGUGUAUAUGUGUAUUGCAUUUUUAUUUUUCACCAUUUUCCAUAAUUAUGUAUUGAUUAAUCUUCAUUGGUAUAUUGACUGAGUGUACUAUCAUUGCGUUAAGAGUGCAGUAAGAGGGUUUUGUGGUGUUCACUUUGAAGGCAUCCUUUUGUUCAAUGAACAGAGCAAUAGAGCAAUGAGUCCUAUUUGUGUUGGGUUUUACAGAGCCUGGCUGGAGUUUCAAUGACUUAUUUUUUAGAACAGCAAAAGAAAAGAAAAAAAGAUUAUUCUUUUUUAAAUGACUUGUUUAAUUUUGUAUUUCUUUUAUAUUUAAUUUGUUGUUUUUCAUUUUGUUUUCAUAGAUGUGUUUGACUAUAAUUUUGCUGAUAUGCCUAGUCACCCUUAGUCUUGUCAGUGUCUUUUUAUUAAUGACUGGGUCUGUUCUCAAUCAAAAUACCUGUAGAUCAGCAAUAGCAAUUGUGACCUAUUCAACAAGAGGACACAGUGGCCUAUUCAGUGGGCAUGUUGUUCAAUGAAAACGUAAAUUAUUAAAAAUAAUUUUCUUAAAAUACUUAACAUCAUAGCAGAUGUUUAUAGAAUCUCAAACUACUGUACUACAACAUCACAACACAACUUGUAACCACUGCUGUGUGCCCCUUACAACAUACAUUUUGGUCCAUUCAUGUAAAUAUUUAGCACAUUAUUAGUGAAAUCACUUUUCAUGGAAUAUUAUGGUAACUAAAGAUCAGAUUUAUACAUUGAGAUUGAAUGAGAGUUUAUUUAUUAAAUUCAGAAUUACGUUUGUAAACCAAUAUAUAAGGAUUAAAUAUUUCCACUCUGUCAUUUGUUUUUCUUUAUAAUGUCUUGUGAAUCAUGGGCUGGUAUGCCAUAAUUGCAUUAUUUUGCUGUUGUUUCCAGCAAAUGCAUUUGUACAGGUGAAUAGAACACAAUAAUUAUCACCUUAAACAUAAAAUAUGCCAUCUUUUAUUCUGACAACCUUGGAAGUCCAGAUCAGACACUGACCCCAUUUUGUGUGUGGCUUA